AUGGACAUGCGAGAAGUUGUCAUUGUAGGAGCAGGUUGGUGUGGCCUCAUCGCAGCCAAGACCUACCUCCAGUCAAAAUCUGACGCAAACCUGUUGGUUAUCGACAGUGCUUCUACCCUGGGCGGGACAUGGUGCAAGGAACGGCUCUACCCGCAUCUGGUUGCAGAAGCCCAUUACGGCCUUUUUGAGUUCUCGGACCUGGAGAUGCUUAAUGACGGUCAGAAUGUUACCAAGUCUGGAUUGAUAUCUGGAGACGCCGUUCAUCAAUAUCUCAAUAAUUACGCCACCGAGUUCGGCUUGCACAAGCACCUCCGGCUCAACACGCAAGUUCUGGCUUGCGAGAAGCUCAUCGUUGCCACCGGGCUUACGUCGGAGCCUUUCGUGCCUGAUAUUCCAAACAAUGGGUUUGGAGGAGAGGUGAUGCACUCCAAAGAGAUGGGCAAGGUUGAGACAACCAAAAAGAUUCGCAACGACAAUAUCCAGACCGUAGCAGUCUACGGGGGGUCCAAAUCAGCCUUUGACGCGGUCAACAUGCUCCUCCAGGCGGGGAAAUCGGUAGAGUGGAUUCCGAGUUUCCGCCUCAACAACAGCCGCUUCCUAGCAAUGUUUUCCCCGAACCUGUUUUCCAAGGACACUGUUGCUCGAUGGCUUCACAGUACAGGGCCAGCCUGGCUUACCCAGCCGCUGGUCAAGGGGUUUUGGCGCGUCAUAAGCUUCCUCCUCAUGGGAGAAGCUCGGUAUGACAAGAGCGAAAACACGAAAGCAUUGAAGCCUGUAAUGGGCCUGGACAGUCUUCUCUGGAGUCCGGCAACGUUGGGUGUCAUGACUCACCCAGACCUCUGGAAGGAUAUCCAUGAAGGAACCAGAGUCCGAGUCCGACAAAACGCCAUCCAAAGCCUUGAAGCAAAUGGUGUGCGACUGGACGAUGGUACACAUGUCGAUGCCGACAUGGUCAUUUACUCCACGGGUUGGAAAUCCCUGGCGGCCAACUUCUUGUUCUCUGAUCGAGACCGUUUGGCUGCCGGCCUUCCUUCUCCGGCUUCAUAUGAACCCAAGAUGCAGCAAAAAUGGGAAAUUCUCCGACGACAAGGAGAUGCUCAGGUCAGGCAGAGGCUGCCCCUUCUUUCCCAAUCACCGCUUUGGGAGAGCCAUCAUCCCCGAAUCGAGGACGACUUUCAUCUCUACAGAUCAAUCAUCCCAGCUUCGGCCGAGGAAAACGACAGGUCUUUGGCUUACGUCGGGUUCCUGCGAACAACAGGCGCUCCGAUUGUGUACGAGGCCCAGGCUUUGUGGGCCGUUGCGUAUCUACAGGGCAAGCUCGAAGUACCCUCGCGAGAGAAGAGAGAGAGAGAGACGGCCGCACUGAACGCUUGGGCUCGUAGAAGGUAUCUCUGCGGGCGCAAAGUCCCAUUCGCCAUGUUUGACUUUCUGCCUUACGUCGACUCCCUUUAUCACGAUUUGGGGGUUAAUCCCAGAAGAAAGGGGAACCCUAUAUCCGAGAUAUUUGCACUAUACAAGCCGAGUGAUUUCAGGGGCGUGGUGAAGGAGUGGAUUGAGAGCCGGGAACAGGAAGCCCACGGCCCACGGGAGGUAAAGAGCUGGUCUUAUCCCAUUGUGCUUCUCAUGGUGAUUACACUUGGCGUCAUAGGUUCCACGUUUUUGCGCGACGUUGUGGUGUAG